AUGGACGACGUGAUGAUCGACACUAGAAAACCUCUCAACGCCAAAAAUCUGAAGAGCAUGGGGAUUCUGGAUCAAGUCAAAUUCAAACCUACUCAAGACACCUCCUGGGAAGCUCUCAAAGAUCAGAGGAAGAUCCCCAAUGGACUCUAUCUGUUUUCAAAGGAAGACCCCCGAGAAGUAAUCCUUUACUAUCUAGAUGAUCUGAAGAGACAAGGAGUAGAUAUCUCAGACUUCAACAUAAGCCAGCUACCAGAUAAGCCUCCAAACUUCAUGAAGCAUCCACGAGGACCCUCUGAAAAGGCGAAGCAAGCUAAGAAGGCAAGAUUAGGAGAAUCCUCCGGAUCAAGACCUCCAGCACCUUUGACUGGACCUUUUGGUAAGUCUGUUUCUCUUACUCCCUCUGCACAAACACAUCCUAUUUCUUCUUCUAUUCCUCAACCAACACCUAUCUACACAAACUCAGAAACUCCUCCAUCAACCACCAGAACAUCUCACCAACCAUCCCAAAAAUUUAAUCUUGCCACCACAACAUUACCAGUUUCUGAAGCAGAAAUGCUGAACGAAACCAUUUCACCAUCUUCAUCUUCUUCUCCAGAAUCACCCCCUACUACAACAUCUCCACAAAUACAGAACACUCUGGCCCAACUCCAAACUCGUGCUCUGGCCUCACAACAGCCAACACAACUCACACCUAACCCAGAAGUCACCUCAUUACCCAUAGAACAACCAAACCCAACAACAUCUGACCCUCAACCAUCUGAAACACCUCACGCUAAAACUCAUCCAAAUAACUCUGACACACACCCACCAAAUACAUCCGCUGAACCACAAACUCCCACUCUCCACCUAAUCCCUCCUCCUUCUCCACCUCCACCCUCUGAACCAGAAAACACCCUGCCAACCCUAGAGGAAGCAAUAAUGCUGUUUGUAGGAGCUUCAAUUGACAAGGUCAAGUCUCUGACCAUCAACUCUGGCAUUAGUGAUGAUCCUUCAGCUAUUAAGGAAGCUGAAGCCAAAGCUCUAACUGAGGCUGCAGCUGCUGCUGAAGUUGAAGCAAAAGCAGCUGCUGAAGCUGAAGCCAAAGCCACGGCUAAAGCUGAAGCUCGUCGUGCUGAAGAAUAUGCCAACAGGGUAGCACCGGAUGCUCUGACUCAGGGGGAGUCUUCCACCUUUGUCCCUCUAGUUCUAAAGACACUUGAAGAUCUUCAAAAGGAGCAGAAAGAAGUCUGA